AGUCCGGGCCUUUUGGCAGCGUGCAAAAGGCAAGGAAAAGCGCCCGCAGACAUGUCAUCAAACAGAAUCCGGCCGGAGUUGGUCCUCCUGCAGGUGCUGCUACUGGCGGCCACACUAAUCCCUUUGCUGCAGGCCGGGAUAGUUACAGCACCGUACUCCGCAUCGGAUUCGGAUUUGGAUUCGGAUCCGGACACCACCGCCACCACCAUCACCACCACCGACAACUACAACCCGCAUGCGGAGGAGCUGCAACUGGAAUCGGAGACGGAGGCCACUGCUGCUCAAGUGGAUGGCCAACGCAUCGACUGCAAAUUGACUUUCGAUGCGGCGACAAUGGACUCGUUAGGCUGCCACAAUGAGGGGGCGUUGCCAGAGAGGGGGGCGUUACCAGGCAGUGGUAAUAAGCCGGUGGAGGAGAUGCCUGCGGCAAAUCCGGACUGGCGGCGCCACUUGAAGUCCCCGGACAGUCAGCCCAUCUAUGAAUUACAAUUGGUUGUUUGGCCCACUGACAUCGAGGAUGGUGAUGACUUCAGUCCACCGCUGGCCACCACAACAACAACAGAAACAACAACAACGACAGCUAGGACCACUAGAGCCACCAGUAGCACCACUAGCACCACCCCCAAGCCCACCCAAAUUGGGACACCUAUUGAGCAAAUAUGGCCAUUGUACGAGGAUCAAUUGGUUGUAUUUCCGCAAAUGGACUUUGAAGAGGAGAAUCUUGAUUAUUUCUUCGACGAAGUGCCACCACCCACUUCACCGACCACCGGUCGCCCGGUGACCACCAGUCAUCCCACGGGCACGCCCACUCCCACGCCCAUUUACGUUGUGCAAAACUAUCACGUUAUACACCCCAAUGGCACCGAGGAGUACAAAUUGGUGAUGAGCAACGGCCUGGUGAACUACAAGAAGCUGUACUCCAAGAAAGUGGGUGACCGGCUGAUCAACGUGCAGGAGGGCUACAAUUCGGUGCCCAUUCCCGGACCCAAAAACCAAAUCCAGACGCAGUACUACAUUGCCGACGAGCGGGGCUACAAUGUCUAUAGAAUCGAGCUCCACUAUUACCAGCCAGGGUUGCCCAAACAUUUGCAUUACAAAGCCACAAAAGCGACCAAUAUGUGAAUGAGGAUGGGCAGGAUUUCCAGCUGGCGGCACAGUGGUGCUAACCACUAGCCACACUAAGUAAACAUAUAUAUAUUUUUUUUGCAUUUUUUUUAUAACUUAUUUUAGCUGAAGUGUUGCCAAUAAAUUGUAAAGAAAACUGGUCUUAUUUUUAUUUAGUUUUUGCUUGUGAAAUGAAACAACAUUUUUUUUAAAUAGAUUAAACUGGCAUUUAUACGAAGAUAUAUUUGUAUCUUUUUUUCUGCUUUGUUUGCAUAUAUUUAUAAAAUGUAUAAGUAUUUAUUUAUUAUAAUUUUUCGACCCAAUGUUCACUUUGUUGGGGGCAAACAAAUGGCGAAAUAAAAUGUAGAGCCCACAAAAUGAUUUGCAGUGUUUUUAUUUUGUUUGUCUGUAGCUUUUGGUGUUACGUAUAUGUUUUUUGUUUUUGCGUUUUUUGUCCAUUGCUGGUUUGUAUUUUGUUUUUUCACCAUUUUUAUUUCACCAGAUUUUGCAAACACCCAAUGUUGUUGUUGUUAAGCCCGAUUUCUAUUCUAUUUGCUGUUGCUUUCUCAAUCGCAGUGCUACUGAUUGCCAUCUUCGGUGGCUGCUGUGCAGCUGCUGCACUGAGAGAAAAGGUUUUAGAUAUACAUAAUAUAAGUAAACAAAAAUAAUAAGUUAAUAUUGCUAAGAUUGAGAUGUUUUGGUACAUUUGAUGUAUGCUUUAAUGGU